AUGGCAUGCGUCGCAGAAUACCCUCGUCCUCCUAAAUACUCUUCUUAUUCUUCUAACGAUGUGAAAUUAAAAGGAACUUAUGGCAAAGAGAAAUCAAAAAGAUCUUCUGGCAAAGCUUUUUUAAACAAAAUCAUUAGUCAAAUUAAGGAAAGUGGCUUAAAGAAGAAGUUAAAAGCUAAACUUUCAAAAUUUACUGAUGAUAAAACUCAAUAUUACGAUGACCCACAAAAUGAUGACUUAUAUGAUCAACCACCUCCUUAUGACCAGAACUAUAAUAAAGACCAUACAACAAUUACGAUUAAAGAAGAAUCUAAUUGGACUACAUCUUUUCCAAUCAGAAAUGAUGCUACUGUUUUUAAUAUCAAAGAAAAAAUUAAUGCACAAUAUAAUAUUGAGGUUGAUAAACAAAUUAUCCUUUAUCAAGACACUAUUCUAGAAAACAAUCAAAAAGUUAAUGACUUAAAGAUCAGCUCUGAAGAUGUCCUUUAUGUAGUUAGAAGGGUUAGAGUUACUCAAGAAACACACAAAGAACUUCAUACAAACUCUCCUAAAAACUCUUCUACAAGUGGUACAAUAAAAGUUAUCCUUCCAAACCGUGAACUUGAAUUAAGUGUAUCUUCUGAUAAUACUGUUGUUGAUCUGGAACGUAUGAUUUUUGAAAAGGCGGGCAUGGAAAUAUCAAGGAAGACAGCAACAGAUGGUCACCAUUGUGAUUAUUUCAAGAUUCAUUUAAAACUUGUUUUUAAAAAUAAAGUUAUAAGCGGAUCUCAUCAGACUCUUGCAACGAUUGGCAUUGUUCCUUGUAGCCCUGGUGAAAAAUAUUCCGCUUUUAAUGUCUUAUUUGCUAUUAUAAAACUUGGUGGUGGUUAA